AUGCUGCAGACGUAGCCGUCGCGUCAUCUCGUUUCGCGCCAACAGUUUCGAAUUACGAAUGCGUCGAACACAUUUGAAUCGGUUCUUUUUUAAACUGUUUUGUUUCUAGCCAGUGUCCGAUUGUGAAGCUGCAAGUUAAAAAAAGUUUUCGUUAUUUGCACCUUAGAGGUGCUAGUUUAGUUUUUUGACUAAAGUUGAUUUUGAAAAGUGCAUUAAGUAAUUGGAAAGUGCUGUUGGAUGGUUGCUAAAGCAAAACAGUCGAUAACAGCAAUGCAGCCUCAGUGAUGUCACCCCACCAUGCCACCAGAGGUGACGUAGCACCGCUUCCAUGGAAUGACUCUCCAGGACCUGGAUAUGAAUUUCACUUACCUGUACCCGAGCAUCCAGGACUUACACUGCCAGUUAGAACCAGGAGCAUCCUGCACCAACGCCACCUCUUUAGGCCUUGAUUGCUCCGAAGACAGGUCCUUCGACUUCACCUGCGAUUUGAACCUCGAUAUCCAGAAUGAGACGGUCUACAGCUGCCAUUCUUGCAUCAAUGAUACAGUGGGCUUUACUAACGGUUCUCUAUGCAACACUGGAUUUCAGUUGAACCUCGUCACCGCCAUCUUUGAAAGUGCGUUCAAAACUCUCUGGAUGAAACUCCCUAACACUGAUUUUUGCGAGUGGGACUCACUUUUCUGCUACAGCAAAGGCUUCAAUCGAACGUUAUACGUCAAAGACGGUUCAGUGAACAGUAUAGAAGGAUAUCAGUGCACGUGGAACUUUAGGAACGGGUCAAGUGACGUCAUAGGACCCAAGAAUUACGACUGGAGUUUUUUAUUUGUGAUAUUGUUUAUAAUAGCGGGUGGGGUGGGGAAUAUACUUGUGUGUUUGGCGGUGUGCUUGGACAAGAGACUGCAGAACGUGACGAACUAUUUCCUGCUGUCGUUGGCGAUAGCUGAUUUGCUAGUCAGUUUGUUUGUAAUGCCGAUGGGGGCGAUACCCGGAUUCCUUGGUUACUGGCCCUUGGGUGUCGUGUGGUGCAACGUGUACGUCACUUGCGAUGUGCUCGCAUGCUCCGCCAGCAUCAUGCACAUGUGCUUCAUCAGCAUCGGCAGGUACCUCGGCAUCAGGAACCCUCUGAAAAGCCGGCACCACUCCACCAAGCGGGUGGUGGUCAUCAAGAUAGCUCUCGUGUGGCUCCUCAGUAUGUUUGUGUCCAGUUCCAUUACAGUUUUGGGUUUGAUCAACCGCAACAACAUAAUGCCAACCCCAGAGCUGUGCGUGAUCAACAACCGUCUGUUCUGGGUGUUCGGCUCGCUGGUCGCGUUCUACAUCCCCAUGCUGACGAUGGUGGUGUCGUUCGCGCUGACGGUGCAACUGCUCAAGCGGCAGGCGCUGCUCGCGGCCGCUCCGGCGCCCGGGGGAACGCAGCGGAGGCAAUGCGGAGGGUUCGACAACAUGCCCAUGCAGGGCUUCAGGAGGGUUGGGGCCAGGAGUUCCCCCGACCUGUCCCCUGGGACAUCAAUAUCGAGACAGCUGACCUGGCGCGUCACUAGUGCCACAAGCAGGACACAAAGAAACAAAAUCGGCGUGAGCGUCUCCCACCCUCAGCUGAGCUAUAUGAACGGCUGCGGGGGUGCGGGGUCUAAUUCCCGGAGGGGGAGGGACGUAGCCACGCAGACUCCUCCCAGCAUAGCGGCAGAGACCAGGCGAGCGAGGCUCAGGCCACUGAAAUUGACCCUGGCCACACCGAACGCUUUAACACUAAGGUUUCUAGCCAAUCGCAAGAAGGGACGUUCUCUGUCAGCCAACGCUGUGGCCAACGAGCAGAAAGCGACCAAAGUCCUGGGCCUGGUGUUCUUCACCUUCGUGCUGUGUUGGGCGCCUUUCUUCUUGCUCAACAUUCUGUUCGCCUCGUGUCCUGCGUGCAUAGUUCCAGAACACGUAGUGGAUAUCUGCCUGUGGCUGGGCUACGUGUCGUCUACCAUCAACCCCAUCAUCUAUACUGUGUUCAACCGAACCUUCAGAGGAGCUUUUCUCAGGCUGCUGCGGUGUCAUUGUCAUAGACGCGGCAGGUGUACAAGGUACAGAUCAGUUAACUCCACGCGUGGGGCGUCUCAACUCUGUGCCAGGUCGGCUCUACCCCUUGCUAUAUCCUUAAGACCUUCAGCGAUGCCAACGACAUCUCCUAAUACUCAGGAUUCCACAGAAACUGUCCUGAUGGAGACGCCUCUUGGCGACUACAAUGUUCGAUAUUAAAGUGUUCUACUUAAUAGUUUUAUAACUGUGGAAGGACAUACAUACAUCAGGAUUUGGUACAGUAUUAUGUUUAACUUUGUGAUUAGUUUUUUCAAGGGCACAAUAAUUAGUUUUACUGUAGAUAAUGUCGAUUCCUGAAGACAUUGUUUCAUGUAUGGCAUCGUUAUUUAAGUGUUUAUUUAAUAAAUCUUUAACAUGAGUUGAGCACUCCUUUAUUUGACAUCAAAUUAAAUACCGUGUGUCAUUUUCAAAUAAGGCAGUUUAGACAUUAUUUAUUCUGUUCGAUGUACUUUGGAAAAUGAUGUCAAGCGAAAUUAUCUCAAAUUGUACUCGUAUUUGGUUAUUGAUAUACAUCAGUAUGCAUAUCUUGUAGGGUAGAGACACCAUCAUUUUUAUUCGGUAGAUAAAAUAAUUUUAAAGUUUCAAUCACACACUGCUUGUGUUACAUUCCCGUGCCCGAUGGCAAUGGCGAUCAGUGGAAAUACUGAUUUCCACUGAUCGCCAUCGCCAUCGCGCACGCAUUAUAAGUCCUGUGUUCUUUCCUACCCCAAACCUCGUCAUUUAUAUUCAAAGCAAUGUUUUUCCUUGCAAAAUGUUAGAACUAGCUGAUCAAUCAUGUUUUAUUUUAAUGUGAUUUCGUGUAUGUAUGAAUGUGU